AUGCUCCGCAGUGAUGAAGUCCAGAGGCAUACACUCCUGUCCGAGAUGAUUGCCAGGGCAUCUGAUUUCUCAGCAUGGCUUCUGCCGUCUUAUACGUGGCCCGGAGGCAAUCCUCCGUCAUGGCUUGCACCAAUUUGGCCAUCAGCCGCUCGUCGUCGUGUCAUCAAAAUGGUUGUCCUGGUAGCUCUCUUCUGCCUUGUCACAUGGGCAUUAUGUACACGCAUACCACAGCGUUCUACGCAGGGGACCCAACAACCGCAACGGCCGCAGCAGACACCGCACCCGCACCCGCAGCCUGAAGACACUUUCCCGCCCACGCAUGCGACAGACUUUAAAAUCCAUGACCCGAGCAUCAUCCACGUCGAUGACACGUACUACUCGUACAGUGUGGGCGAGCAUAUUCUCAUCCACGAGGCACCCAGUCUCGACGGGCCGUGGAAACGCUCCGGCACCGUCCUGGACGCGGACAGCGUGAUCCCCAAGGGCGAUCGGAAAGCCCCCUGGGCGCCGCAGACCAUCCGCCACGGCGAUACGUACUACUGCUUCUACGCCGUCAGUAACUCCGGAUGCCGUGACAGUGCCAUUGGCGUUGCCACAUCCAAGUCGCCCGGUCCUGGGGGCUGGACGGACCACGGGCUGCUCGUACAGUCCGGGACAGGGAAGGGGUCGGGUGAACACCCGUUUACUAGCUCCAAUACCAUCGACCCGAGCGUGCUCGUUGGAGAGGACGGUCGAGGAUACCUGAUGUUCGGGAGCUUCUGGUCGGGGAUCUGGCAGGUACCGCUAGACGAAACCCUGCUUUCGGUGGCAGGCGAUACGAGAUCCGAGGCACGACAGCUGGUGUAUAUGGAGAAGGCGCCGCUGCCGGCGAGCAACCACCCCAAUCCACUGUGCCGGGAGCCGUCGGGUGCCCGUCCCAUUGAGGGAAGUUUUCUCUCGUACCAUGAGCCCUGGUAUUAUCUCUGGUUCAGUUAUGGGAAGUGCUGCAAGUUCGAUACGAAGCAUCUACCGCCUCCGGGAAGAGAAUAUAGCAUCCGAGUUGGUCGAUCCAAGAGCCCCCGGGGGCCAUUCGUGGAUAAGCAAGGCAGGGACCUAGCCAACGGCGGCGGCGAGAUCGUGUAUGCAUCCAAUCGCGACGUUUACGCACCUGGGGGACAGGGAGUAUUGACAGAAACGAGUGGUGACACACUAUACUAUCAUUACUUGAACAAAACUACAAGCUAUGACUUUUGGGAAGCUCGACUGGGGUAUAAUCCGUUGAAAUACGUGGACGGCUGGCCUGUCCCCCAGUAG